ACCGCGGUCAUCCUGCGCGGUCCGGAGCCGCGCCCCCGAACACACCGAGGGGCCGCGGCGGCUCUGCGGGCAGUGGCGGCCUCACAGCGCCGACCCGAGCCCCGCGAGGCUUAUUUUGACUAUAAAGCAAUCGGCAAGAUAGGAGAGGGGACAUUUUCUGAGGUGAUGAAGAUGCAGAGCCUGAGAGAUGGAAACUGCUACGCGUGUAAACAGAUGAAACAGCACUUUGACAGUGUCGAGCAAGUGAACAAUCUCCGGGAGAUACAAGCUCUGAGGCGCCUGAAUCCACACCCGAACAUUCUUACGUUGCAUGAAGUGCUUUUUGACAGAAAAUCUGGUUCUCUUGCACUAAUAUGUGAACUUAUGGACAUGAACAUUUAUGAGCUAAUACAAGGGAGAAGACACCCAUUGUCAGAAAAAAAAAUUGCGCACUAUAUGUACCAGCUGUGUACAUCUCUCGACCAUAUGCACAGAAAUGGAAUAUUUCACAGAGACGUAAAACCAGAAAAUAUAUUGAUAAAGCAGGAUGUCCUGAAAUUAGGGGACUUUGGGUCCUGCCGGAGUGUGUACUCGAAGCAGCCGUACACAGAGUACAUCUCCACCCGCUGGUACCGGGCCCCCGAGUGUCUCCUCACCGACGGCUUCUACACCUACAAGAUGGACGUGUGGAGUGCCGGCUGCGUGCUCUACGAGGUGGCCAGCCUGCAGCCCCUCUUCCCUGGAGCCAAUGAGCUGGACCAGAUCUCCAGAAUCCACGACAUCAUCGGCACGCCUACUGAGAAGACCCUUGCCAAGUUCAAGCAGUCGAGAGCUAUGAGUUUCGAUUUUCCUUUUAAAAAGGGAUCAGGAAUACCUCUCCUGACAGCCAGCUUGUCUCCACAAUGCCUGUCCCUCCUGCACGCCAUGGUGGCCUAUGACCCAGACGAGAGAAUCACUGCCCACCAGGCCCUGCAGCACCCCUACUUCCACCAGCAGAGGGCCACCGAGAAGCAGGCUCUGGCCAGCCACUGGAGGAAAGCCACAACUUUUCUUCCACAGCACCCUGUGGCCCCGGAACUGCUCAGCAGCACCUGGCUAACUGCCAAGGAGGGCCGAAAGCAGAAACAACCCCUAAAGCAAGAGGAGGACCAUCCUAGGAGACCAGGACCGGCCUACCUGAUGGAACUGCCCAAACUUAAGCUGGCGGGAGUGACCAAACUGUCCUCGUACUCCAGCCCGGCGCUACAGUCAGUGCUGGCCCCAGGGGCAAACGGCAGAGUCCCAUUGCUGAGACCCCUGAAGUGUGUUGGUGCAAACCAGAAGACAGACGCACAGAAGGACAUCAAGCCGACCUUGAAACAGUGUCGCCUGCCCACGAUAGACCGGAGGGGCGGAGGCUACUGACCAGCACGCGUGCAUACCUGCCCGGAGGGCGGGUCCAGGUGUGGCCCCGCCCAACUGCAGGGAGGGGCCUGGCACCUGGAGAGCCCGCCUGCUGGCCAGCGCCGCCCACUCAGCUCGGAGCCGGCUGCCGGCAUCCUGAAGGCAGCUGUACGGCCGUCCGAGUCUAAUACAGUGUAUAACCACCUCAUUUUAGGGUUUUAUUUCGUUUUCGUAACGUAAGAAUUUGGGGCAGGGACUACUUUGUAAUUUUUUGUAUUAAUCAAAACAGAAAUUAUACUUUAUUGUGUAUUGUUUAGGCUCGGUUUCACCGCGGGCCCCGCGGGCCGUCUUCAGCACACCACCAGUGGUGCUGAGCAGGCUUCAGCUCGCGGGCUGUACCCUUAAAGACCCCCGAUUCUUAUUAAAAAAUUAGCUAUCCUUACA